ACAGUGGUAAGUGAAUGAGUGAGAAUCAUGUGAUCCACCUCCACCACUCUCCUUAACUUUGAAUCAAAAUAAGCCAUAAUAGCAAUACUAAUAAAUUUUUCCACCUACAACAAACCACCCUCUUCUCCUCUCUCCCUUUGUCUUUUGUGUUUUGUUUUUUUUGGUCUUUUGUUUUUUGUUUGUUAUUCACUUUCAGUCUCACUCCUCUUUACUUCAACUGCUAAUAUUUUUGUUCUUUUUCUGGGAGAGAAGAGCUUUGUUUGUUUGCAUCAAUGGCUUCAAGCGCUUCAAGGUUUAUCAAGUGUGUUACUGUCGGAGAUGGGGCUGUAGGCAAGACCUGUAUGCUUAUAUGUUACACAAGUAACAAGUUCCCUACUGAUUAUAUACCUACAGUAUUCGAUAAUUUCAGUGCAAAUGUGGCAGUUGAAGGAACCACUGUAAACUUAGGCCUCUGGGACACAGCUGGGCAAGAGGAUUACAAUAGAUUAAGGCCCUUGAGCUACAGAGGUGCAGAUGUCUUUGUCUUAGCUUUCUCACUAGUUAGUCGGGCUAGCUAUGAAAAUGUACUUAAAAAGUGGAUUCCAGAGCUUCAGCAUUAUGCCCCUGGAGUUCCAGUAGUACUGGUUGGUACCAAAUUGGAUCUUCGUGAGGAUAAGCAUUAUUUGGCUGAUCACCCUGGAUUGGUACCUGUGACCAUGGCACAGGGAGAGGAACUCCGAAAACAGAUUGGUGCAGCAUAUUACAUCGAAUGUAGUUCAAAAACCCAGCAGAAUGUCAAAGCAGUUUUUGAUGCUGCAAUAAAAGUAGUUAUCAAACCAGCACAGAAACAAAAAGAGAGGAAGAAAAAGCCGCGCCGAGGGUGCCUGUUAAAUGUCUUUUGCGGGAGGAGGCUUCUGUGUCUUGAAUGAAGAACCCCCCAUCUCCAAGGUGGUUACUCUUUGGCAUAACUGUGGCACUACGCUGCUCGGAUAUACCUCAAGAUGUUGGGUCCUGCGAAUUUGAUUUUGAAUGCGGCAUAGCUCCUUGCUAAAGGUCGCGCCCUCCAAUUUCAGUGGAAAACAUGCUCAUUCAGUACUAAUCUAUACUUUGUAAUUCAUUGUAUAAAGUGGAGCUAAGCUGGCUUUGUUUCAAGUGUUUAUUGUUCAUGGUAUAUUUCCUGAACUUUUGGUUUAACAUUUGUAAAACAUGAUUUGUUUUUCCUUCUGCAA